GCAACGACGAGCGAAGAACAUGUGCUCCUCCAAACCCAACAUGAGUGAUCUGGGAAAAUCCCUGUAUGCCAUGGCAGAACAAGUGACAGCUUUCGAAAACAGGCUGAAGACACUGGAGGAAGGCCAAACCAAGGUGGCAUUUGGCACUAUGUUGGAGAAAGGUGGUGUUUUUGGACCAUUCAAGACAGACAUAACUCUGCCGUUCAACAAAGUGUUCACAAACAUCGGUAAUGCCUACGACAGCUCCACAGGUGUCUUCACUGCACCUGUUGCAGGUGUUUACUAUUUCACCUUCUUCUAUCAGGCUGGAAAAAAUGCAACAAAGCUGGAGCUCUUCAAGAACAGUCAGGUUAUUGUCCGUACAACAGAGGACAAAGCUUCCUAUGACACAAGUGAUAGUGGAGGAAACGCAGUUGUCCUGCAGCUAAAGGAAAGAGACGAGGUUUGUGUGCGCAUGGCUGAAAAUUGUGAGAUUUGGGCAGGCGAGUACCACACCUCAUUCAGUGGUUUCCUGGUCACUAAGGAUCAGUGAGAACCGAUGAAUUCAGAAAGAUGUUUCCAGCAACCUGAGAUCAACCAUGCAGUGACUGUUACUAUUCAACAGUGCAGUUAGAUUAAAACAGAUGGCUGUUGCUGUCAUAUUAUCUGUGAUCAGCCAGAAUAUAUCAUUAUACCAUUGAGUCUGAACUCUUCCUC